CUCCCCCCCCCGACUUGUUGCCCAUCUCUCGCUGCCUUAACCCAUUAAAGGCCUCUGGGUCUACACGUCGACCCCCAUCUCGCGCCCUCUAUAGUCUACAGGGCUCCUGGUCUUAGUGUGCAAGGCUUAGGAGUCACAUAGACACUUUCAUACACAGUUCUGGGCCUUCCUUUGUCAGAAAGCUCGGUGUGAUUCACAAUGUCGGAAUACCCUGUCGCCUACAAUGGCACAGACAAUGGGACCGGUGGUAACUCCCUGACAGAAGAUCUUAACAUCUACUACAGCUCUGGAGAUAUCGCUUGGGUUAUCACCUCUACGGCUUUGGUGUUGUUGAUGAUUCCUGGUGUUGGCUUCUUCUACUCAGGUCUCGCCCGACGCAAAUCAGCAUUGUCGCUAAUAUGGCUUUCAAUAAUGUCUGUCGGGGUGGUAUCAUUCCAAUGGUUCUUCUGGGGAUACUCGUUGGCCUUUUCUCACACCGCUGGAAAGUACAUUGGUGACCUGAACAAUUUUGGAAUGAAGGGUGUUUUGGCAGCUCCUUCCGUUGGUAGUACCAAGGUCCCGGAUCUUCUCUUCGCUGUCUUCCAGGGCAUGUUCGCUGCUAUUACGGUUGCCCUUGCUGUUGGUGCAGUCGCGGAACGUGGUCGCAUGCUGCCUUGCAUGGUCUUUAGCUUCGUUUGGUCCACCAUUAUCUACGAUCCGAUCGCCUGUUGGACAUGGAACUCGUCCGGCUGGGUAUACAAACUGGGAGGACUUGACUUCGCAGGUGGUACUCCCGUCCACAUUGCUUCCGGCACGGCUGCACUGGCAUACUCCUUGAUGCUCGGCAAGCGCCGCGGACAUGGCACCCACGAGCUCAACUACCGUCCCCACAACGUCACCCACGUCGUCAUUGGUACUGUCUUCCUCUGGGUUGGAUGGUUCGGAUUCAACGCCGGCUCUGCCUUGAGCGCCAACUUGCGUGCUGUUAUGGCAGCCGUGGUCACGAACUUGGCUGCCUCCGUGGGUGGUGUCACCUGGUGCAUCAUGGACUACAGACUGGAGAGGAAGUGGUCCACUGUCGGUUUCUGCUCCGGUGUCAUUGCAGGUCUUGUGGCCAUUACCCCGGGCUCUGGUUUCGUGACACCUUGGGCUGCCUUCAUCUUUGGCGUUGUCGGUGCUGCUGCUUGCAACUACGCCACCAAGCUCAAGUACGUGCUUCGUGUGGACGACGCGCUGGAUAUCUUUGCUGUGCACGCCAUUGGAGGUCUCGUUGGCAACCUCUUGACUGGUCUAUUUGCUGCUGACUACAUCGCCCAUCUCGAUGGUUCCACGGUCAUUGACGGAGGCUGGAUCAACCACAACUACAUCCAGCUCGGCUACCAAUUGGCGGACUCCAUCUCCGGUAUGGCCUACUCGUUCUUCGGAAGCUGCAUCAUCCUCUUCAUCAUCAACCUGAUCCCCGGUCUACACCUGCGCAUCCCUGAAGAGGAAGAAAUCCUUGGUGUGGACGAUGCCGAGAUUGGUGAAUUUGCCUACGACUACGUCGAAAUCACCCGCGAUGUCAUUGGCGGCACCAGCCCCGAGAACGGCGACGUGUCUUCCAAGCGCACCAUGACUCCUCCCAACGGCAACGAGGAGACUGUGGAGACCAAGGCCUGAAGUACAGUAGGAGUUAUAUUGAGGAUGAUUGGCCAUUCAUCUUCAAUUCCUCCUAACUUCGAGUCAUGAACGAACACAAUGACUUCUA